CACUGGCUCACACUUGGUCCUGUCUCCUGACCUGAGGGUGGUUUUCCUGGCAGCUCUUGGGUGAGCUGGAGAAGAAUCUGGCUCAACAAGAAGCUGGAUGUAUACAGCAUGAGGGGUCCUGUGCUGGCCAGAGGAACAUGAUGAGAGGCUCUGGAGCCACCAGCACCUGGGCAGAGGCCUUUUGGAGUGGCCCCCAGGUUCAUGUGGCAGCUUUCAGGAAGCUGGAAGAAGCUUGUCACUGCCCGGUUUGGGGAGCCAUGGAGCCCAUUGCCCCUAACAGAGGAGUGAGUCCUUGGGGGAUCCUCAGCAUGCAUUCUCCCCUGGAGCUCCAGGCCAUGCAUCAGAGUGCUUCCCAGGUGACGUUGGGAAGAUUGAUGUUCAUCAUAAGGAAGGAAGUGGACAUUGGCUUCUCUUGGUCCUGGGUUGGCCUUGCAGGGUAUUGCAAGGUUCCAGAGAUGACCCUCGGGACCCCAGGGCACAGCAUCUGUCAGACUGGGCGGGGGCCAUCCUCAGCCAACUCAUCGGUCCAGGACCUCCUCGCUUCGGUGGAAUUCGGGCACCAAGGAGCGCAUGCUCAUCAAAGUUGCAGACCGGGAGCCCAGCUUCCUCUCUUCCCAGGGCAAUGGCUAUGCCCUAGAUGGCCAGCCUGGCAGCCGCUCCCGCAGACCCUCAGGUGGGCAGCACUCGCCCAGCCUACAGACGUUCGCCUCGGACUCUGAUGGCCCUGUCUUCUUCCCUGAGCGUCGGCCUUCGCCCUUCCUGAAGAGGGCUGAGCUCGGUAGCUGCUCCCCACUGCUGGCCCAGCCACGCAAGCCCACCAGCGACUCACAGCCCUCCUCCCCACGCUACGCCUAUGAGCCCCCACUCUAUGAGGAGCCCCCUGUGGAGUACCAGGCCCCCAUCUACGACGAGCCCCCCAUGGACGUCCAGUACGAGCCUGGCGGGGGCUACCAGGCAGGCUCACCCCAGCGGUCUCCGGGCCGCAAGCCACCCCCCUUCCCACAGUCUCCCAAGCAGGGCUCUGCCUCGCCCUACCAGCAGCUGGUGCUGACCAGGCAGAAGUGCCCCGAGCGCUUCCUGAGCCUGGAGUACAGCCCUGCAGGCAAGGAGUACGUGCGGCAGCUGGUGUAUGUGGAGCAGGCGGGCUCCAGUCCCAAGCUGCGUGCAGGCCCAAGGCACAAGUAUGCACCCAAUCCUGGAGGUGGCUCACUCCCCCUGCAGCCCAGCCCCUGCCUGCUGCGGGAUCAGCGCCUGGGGGUCUCCUCUGGGGACUACAGCAGCAUGGGGGGGCCUGAGCUGCAGCACGCCCAGCCACGGGUGCAGCUGCCCCAGGCCCAAGACGACGCUAUGUCCUGGUCCAGCCAGCAGGACACCAUGUCCUCAACAGGCUACUCCCCAGGCACACGGAAGAGGAAGAGCAGGAACCCUUCUCUGUGCCACGCCCCCAGCACCUCGUCCACUGAAGGCCCCGGGGACCGUGACCUCCUCGGUGAGCAGCCCCUGGCUGAGGAGCGGCCUCUGUGUGGGCCUAGCCUGGCCCCAGUGAAGCGUGCAGAGGGCAAGACGGGCGAGGCCGAGCCUUUCCUGGCGCAGGCACGGCUAGCCUGGGAGGCGCAGCAGGCCCACUUUCACAUGAAGCAGAGGGGCAGCUGGGACUCCCAGCAGGAUGGCUCGGGCUACGAGAGCGACGGGGCCGUGCCACUGCCCAUGCCCGGGCCUGUGGUGCGUGCCUUCAGUGAGGACGAGGCACUGGCCCAGCAGGAGAGCAAGCACUGGCAGAGGGGCGCCUUGGAGAGGCUUGCUUUCCCCCAAAUCCUGCUCGAGAAGAGCGUCUCCGUGCAGACCAACCUGGCCUCGCCAGAGCCCUACCUUCACCCCUCACAGUCUGAGGACCUCGGCUCCUGUGCCCAGUUUGAGAGCAGCCGGCAGGCCCGCAGCGUCAUGCCCAGCGCUAGCUGUGUGUUCCCCACCUUCACUCUGCGCAAGCCGUCCUCGGAGACCGACAUUGAGAACUGGGCCUCCAAGCACUUCAACACGCACACACAGGGCCUCUUCCGGCGGAAGGUGUCCAUCGCCAACAUGCUGGCCUGGAGCAGUGAGUCCAUCAAGAAGCCCAUGAUUGUAACCAGCGACCGCCACGUGAAGAAGGAGGCCUGUGAGAUCUUCAAACUGAUCCAGAUGUACAUGGGUGACCGGCGCGCCAAGGCUGACCCACUGCACGUGGCCCUGGAGAUAGCCACCAAGGGCUGGAGCGUGCAGGGCCUGCGGGACGAGCUCUACAUCCAGCUGUGCCGGCAGACCACUGAGAACUUCCGCCUCGAGAGCCUGGCCCGCGGCUGGGAGCUCAUGGCCAUCUGCUUGGCCUUCUUCCCACCCACACCCAAGUUCCACUCCUACCUGGAGGGCUACAUUUACCGGCACAUGGACCCCGUCAAUGACACCAAAGGUAAGGCCCAGUGCGCGAGACCCCUUGGCACCCACAGCUCAGGGAAGGGCUGUGGCAAGAGCUGCCCGGUCUACACUGGCAGCCGGUAUGUGGAGGCAGGCACAGCACCUCCAAGCAGACACACGUGUCCUCUGAGGACCAUGUCCUAGGUUCCCACGGGACGUGGGGUCCUCAGGGAGCCCCCCCCGCCACUGAGGCCCCGAGAAGAACGACAGGCAAUCCUGGAACAGGGUCCCCAGCCACAGGCCAACAGGUCAGAGAGGAGGGGUGCAGAUGAGGACUGGCCUCCAUGUCUCAGCCAGCUGGCCCCCACUCUGCUGAGGCCUCCGUACCUGGUCACUCUGCU